AUGAGCAAGCCAGGUUACGAGAAACUCCGCUUCUGUCAGGAGAGAGUGGAGAGGGAUGGCCUCGUAUACUUCUGGAUAGACACUUGCUGCAUCAACAAGUCGGACAACACUGAGUUGCAACGGUCACUGGCCUCCAUGUUUUACUGGUAUCAGAGAGCUGCCAGAUGUUAUGUGUAUCUUUCAGAUGUAUCUAUUGACGACUCCACUGGCGAUUCUGGAUCCAAGUGGGAAAGCGCGUUCUCGAAGAGCAGGUGGUUCAAACGUGGCUGGACGCUUCAAGAACUGAUCGCACCAAGUUCUGUUCGCUUUUACUCCAAAGAAAGCCGCUUCCUAGGCGACAAAGAUGAAUUAGCGGGCACGAUUAGUAAAGUUACUCGAAUUCCCGGUCCAGCUCUCGAAGGAUUGGAACUAUCGCGCUUCAGCAAGAAGGAGCGUAUGUCUUGGACCGAGGGCCGCAUCACAACGGUUCCAGAAGAUGCUGCCUACUGUCUAAUCGGUAUAUUCGAUGUGGAACUACCCAUGCUGUAUGCAGAUGACAACUACGAGAGGAGGAAGAAGAAAGCUCAAAGAAUGCUUGAGAAAGCGAUUACGGAAGCAGAAACAGAUGCCGACCACGAACGAUUACACGACGUCGUACGGAUUGGUGGUGCAUCCUGGGGUGAUCUUAUCGCAUUGGACGAGAAGGAUCUGAAAGGAUUGGAUAUCGAUCUCGGACAAUAUCAGCAAUGGCUGCUCUUUGAGUUCCCAAAGGAGCACAAGGAACGUGGAGGCCUUAACUGGUCGGGAGGACUUCCCAGUCUCUCGCAGACCGCAGGCAAACGAAUGAAGGCAUUGUUAGAAAAAUACCGGGUCCAUUACGAAGAUCUGUCAGAUCUUGAGGCUACUAUGCAAACUUGGGAGGAACCAUGGAAACGCUAUCUGGACGAGAGUGCUAUAGCUCAGACUCGAGUGCAAGGGCUGGUGGAAAAUCGAUGGGUCUGUUCAAAGCUACAUGAGGAGGACGUCUUUACAGGCAUCACUGCAGUCAGAACAUUUCAAGAUUUGAUGAUUUGGAGAGGUACAUGGAAGAAGUAA